AUGUACCAGUGCCAGGAUGUACCAGUGCCAGGAUGUACCAGUACCAGGAUGUACCAGUACCUGGAUGUACCAGUACCAGGAUGUACCAGUACCUGGAUGUACCAGUACCAGGAUGUACCAGUACCUGAAUGUACCAGUACCAGGAUGUACCAGUACCAGGAUGUACCAGUACCUGGAUGUACCAGUACCAGGAUGUACCAGUACCUGGAUGUACCAGUACCAGGAUGUACCAGUACCAGGAUGUACCAGUACCUGAAUGUACCAGUACCAGGAUGGACCAGUACCAGGAUGUACCAGUACCAGGAUGUACCAGUGCCAGGAUGUACCAGUGCCAGGAUGUACCAGUACCUGGAUGUACCAGUACCAGGAUGUACCAGUACCUGGAUGUACCAGUACCAGGAUGUACCAGUACCAGGAUGUACCAGCACCAGGAUGUACCAGUACCUGGAUGUACCAGUACCAGGAUGUACCAGUACCAGGAUGUACCAGUACCAGGAUGUACCAGUACCUGGAUGUGCAAACUUCAAGCAAGACAGGUUGCUGGGGUAA